GAGUUGCUCAUCAGUCACUUCAGCCAGGUCACUCCAGGGCCACCCCCCCAUACCGUGUGGCGCUAGCAGCUAACACGGACCCCAGUCGCCGUUAGGCCCGCCUAAAUGGCCUGGCCCACACCCCGUCAGGGGGUUUGAAGCACCUCCUACGUCAGCGCCCCAAUUGAACAUCAUCCUGGCGAGGCUUCUUUCGUGUUCAAUUUUUCUUGCAACAACCUGACCCAAGCUUCCAUAUCUUUCCGACAUGCCCAGAAUAUAGCAGCUCCGUAAGACUGCCGACGAUGCCCAUUCAGCUCAUCGCGUCGCUCUUCCUCGACGGCCCGCCGCCGUGGUUCCCGGACCCGUACCGGCUGCUCAAGGUCGGCGCGGCGGUGGGCGCCGUCGCGCUGACCAAGUGGUACGCGUCCGGGCGGCGCAACCCGUCGGAGCGCAACAUGCACGGCCGCGUGGUGCUCGUGACGGGCGGCACGUCGGGCGUCGGCGCGCAGACCGCCUUCGAGCUGGCCCGCCGCGGCGCCCAGAUCGUGCUGCUGACGCGCCAGCCACCGUCGGACCCCUUCCUGGCCGACUUCGUCGGCGACCUGCGCGCCCGCUCCGGUAACCAGCUCAUCUACGCCGAGCAGGUCGACCUCGCCGACCUGCACAGCGUCCGCCAGUUCGCGACGCGCUGGAUCGACAACGCGCCGCCCCGCCGGCUGGACAUGAUCGUGCUGUGCGCCGCCACGCUGACGCCGCCCGGCCGGCCGAGGGUCGAGACGGCCGAGGGCGUCGAGAUGACGUGGAUGGUGAACUACCUGGCCAAUUUCCACCUGCUAGGCAUCCUCAGCCCGGCGAUCCGCGCGCAGCAGUUCGACCGGGACGUGAGAAUCGUGGUGCCCACCUGCUCGAGCUACAUCUCGGCGCCGAAGCUGGAUGCGGACGAAGUGAUCAGGGGCGGGGACGACAAGGACUGGACGCCGAGCAAGGCGUAUGCGCGGAGCAAGUUCGCGCUGAUGGUGUUUGCCAAGGCAUAUCAGAAGCACCUGGAUGCGCACAAGAGGCCGGACGGGCUGCCCACGAACACGCGGGUCGUGCUGGUCGACCCGGGGUAUGCGCGCACGCCGGGCAUGACGCGGUGGCUGACGCGGGGUUCGCUCUGGGGCUUGCUGCUCUACGUCUUGCUUUACCCGCUGGUAUGGGUCCUGCUGAAGAGUGCUAACUCGGCCGCGCAGUCGCUGCUCUAUGCGGCGAUGGACGGGAGUCUGGGGCGGGGAGCCGGGGGCCGGUUGAUCAAGGAGUGCAUGGAGGUGGACUGCGCACGCAGGGAUGUUGACGACGAGGAGGUGGCCAAGAAGCUGUGGGAGGAGAGCGACAAGCUGAUCGAGCGCGUCGAGAAGCAGCAGGCGGUCAAGAGGGCCAAGGCAAAGAAAGAACAGGAGAAAAGGGAUGAGGAAGCAAAGCAGGCUGCCCAGAUCGAGGAGAUUGAGGCCCUGGUCGGGGCCAUCAAGAAGGGCAAGGCCAGGGAGGCCAAGGCCAAGGAGGCCAAGGAGGCCAGAACACCGCCGAAGAAGAACGGGAAGAAAACCAAAUCUGGCGGGGAUAAUGCCAGCUCGUCGCACUGCCACCCCGUCUUCUUCACAGACAAGCUCCGCCGGCAGCCGCCGUUCCGCGUCUCGGCCAAUCCGCACCCGCACGCGAGUCCGGUCGCGCACGGCUACGUCUAUCAGGAUGCGCCGCGGGGCAGUGCGAAGUCGGCUGGGCCGCGGUUAUGA